AUGGACGCUGCAAAGUCGGAAACCUCAGGCUCAAGCAACUGUUUCUUACCUCUCAAGAAACGCAUGAGACCCCUUGACGACGCGCUUGACAACGCCCUAGCUGCGACAGCAACGAAGAAGGUUGCGUUUUCAGGCAACGUAAAGUUCAAGGGAGUGGUUCAGCAACAGAACGGUCACUGGGGUGCUCAGAUAUACACAGACCACAAAAGGAUUUGGCUCGGCACUUUCAAAUCCGCUGCUGAAGCCGCCUCGGCUUACGACAGUGCGUCGAUCCUGCUCCGAACCGUCGACGCUAACUCGCACCGAAACUUCCCUUUGUCUGAAUACACCAUCCACGAACCGGAAUUUCAAGCACGCUACAUAAAAACAAAAGUUGUGUUGAACAUGAUCAGAGACGGUUCUUACCAACACGAGUUCAGAAAGUUUCUCAGGGAGCGAUUUCAGAUGGUCGCGAUUAUCAAUAGAGGAGACGAAGAAUCGAACAACGGCUCCUCGUGGACGCAUCUUUUUCGAAAGAAGCUGACGCCAAGCGAUGUAGGGAAACUCAACAGGCUUGUGAUACCUAAGAAGGAUGCAGUGAAGCAUCUACCUUCCAUAAUUGAUGAUCAAAAAAAGAGAGAAGCAGGAGAAACAGAUAAAGAGGUUGAGCUUGUCUUUUACGACAGAGAUAUGAGACAAUGGAAGUUUAGGUAUUGUUACUGGAGAAGUAGCCAGAGCUUUGUCUUCACAAGAGGAUGGAACGGUUUCGUGAAGGAGAAGAAACUCAAGGAGAACGACGUUAUCGUCUUUUACAAGUGCAAAGUCCUACUCCCGAGCAAUGUCACGACAUUAGACGAUCAAAGCAAUAGCUUUAUAAUGAUCGAUAUUGAUUUCUUUUCAGACGACGAUUCCGUUGUCCCAGCUGAUGGGAAAGUAAACAAGACUGUUUAUAACAGUUGUGGGAAAGAACUGAAAACAGAAAACUUCUUUAACUCGAAGUUAGAAGAUGAAGAAACCAAAUCAGUGGAGAAGAAAGAAGGGGUUAUGCUUUUUGGUGUUAUGAUCCAAUAG